UCGCUUUAUACGAAAUUGCAGCCUGAAUUAUCUCCCUUGGAUAAAACACGACAGCAUUUCAUCCGUGCCUCGACUUCUUCAAAACCCAUGUUUAUUUUGUGAAGUGACUCAAUAUGAUAAGUGAAAUCGACAACAUUCUUUCCUCAAACAAUGAUAUAACAGAUGAAGGCUGCUUUGUGGGGAUCGCGGACAGUUCUGCAGAUGGAUCGUUUCUUAUUCACUACUUUCUCAAUUCUAAUUUGAGGAAAGGCAACAAAGUCUGUUUUAUAGGCUUUGCCCAGUCUUUCAACCAUUACUCCACAGUUGCUCAAAAACAAGGCGUUAACCUCAAUACAGAAAAAGAAAAUGGGAAUCUUGUAUUUAUUGAGGGAAUGAAGUACCUUGGACAGGCAAUCUGCCACCAGGCUCUUGGCUCCCAAGAUACAGAAGAUGGAAAGAGCCAAGACCCAUUUUCUUGUUUAGCAAAGCAAUGCAGCCUUCUGCCAUUACUGCAGUAUAUUAAGUCUCGGAUAUCAUCUAUGACUUCAGCAGAUGGCAAAGCAAGACAAGUACUGAUAAUAGAUAAUUUAAGUUUACUGAUAAACAUUGGUGUAGCGCCAAAGGAAAUGACGACUUUUCUUCAUUAUCUGAAAAAUUCACUCCUAAAUAUUGACUUUCCAGGACAAGUAAUUGUUUUACUGAAUGUGAUACAAACUGACGAAGAUGCCAUGUUUCUGUGGAAGUACCUAUGUCACUCUUGCAGUAUGACUUUGUUUGUGUCUGGGCUCAUGAGUGGCUACUGUAGAGAUGUACACGGAGAGUUAACCAUCAAAGUUCAAGAUGGCCACUGUAAACCUAAGAAAGCAACAACAAAGAGGCGCCAGUUUAAAGUGAUGGAUAAAAAUGUGUCGUUCUUUGCCUCUGGCCUAUCAUCAGCAGUGUUAUAGUCGCCUUCAUUUUCUGUUACAGUGUACAAUGUGGUAGUUGUAUUGCUGUUGUCACAUGCCUACCACCUGUAUCAAUUCUGUUUGUAUUUUGGUGGAACUGAACUGUUGAAAAGAGAAUAAUUAUACAAUCAAACAAAUAUAUGCCACAAUAUUCAUGAUAUAUUCUGAUAUUUAUUUUACAUUAUUGCACAACAGGAUACACUGAAAUGUGAUGUAUUGUUAUUUCAUGGAUUGGUACAGACCAAAAAGUACCAAUUUGAUUGUUUGUUAAGUGCAACACUCAGCAUUGUAAUGGCGGCCUGUAAAUAAUCUACUCUGGAGCAGAUAAUCCAGUGAUUGAUUUGAGCAACAAUCCAUGCCAAGCUUGACCACCUGAUCCAGUUGGUCUCCUCUAGGACCACUGUGACUUGAAUUGUUUGCUAGGCAUUACUUAGAAGUUGACGGGUGACAGUAGAGGCCUUGCUUGACAACAGUAUAAUGAUCUAUACCGAAAUGUUGCCUUUACAGGAAAUGAAGUUGUUAUUCAUAAAUUGUCCCUAUUGUGUCAAGUAAGACUUGCUACAUAUGAAAAGGACUUCCUGAUAUUUGAGGCGAGUAAUGUUCAUUGUAACUUUCAUGCUGAACUGUAUAUUAUCUUCACACUGUCAAUUCUUGCACAUUAUCUACAUAACCAACUAUUUUAAAGUACUUUCCUUUCAAGGAGUGAUUCAGGUGCCCUACGGUCUAAGGAGUCUCAUCCCUAAGUUGUCUGGGUCUGCUGGUCAUGUGUUUGAAUACAAGAUUCACAGCAAUUAUAAUUGACUGUUGGUGGUGGGGGGGGGGGGGGGGCAUUUCUACUAUUGCAAUAGUGUUGAGAUUGUUAAAAACCACUAUUGUGAUAAUUGGCAAGAUAGUACAACUAGGGCAGAAACCGGUAAUAUUUGUUAUUUACUCAUAAUUGUAAUCUAUUAGUGUUUGUUUUGCAGAACACAAACUAUUUCCACACUUUUUAAUAUCUAAAUUUUUAAUUUAUUUUUUACAAAUUUGUGGACAUGCUGUAGUGAAAUAUUUUUUCUUUUAUUUUGUCAUUGACUUUCUGCAGACUGAGUAAGUGUAUCAACAUUCUCAUAGUUACCUUCAUGCUGUAUGACAUGUCUCUAGAUCACCAGUAUACAUUAAAAGUCUUUGAAAAGUCUCUGAGCAUAUCUUAGCUGAUAUAAAAAAAAAUGGGUGGGUCCAAGUCUCCAAUCUCAAAAGUGGAUGGUGAAUUGACUUAUUUUUCACAUUGUAAAUUUUAACAAGUAAAAAAAUGUGCGUGUCUGCCAUCCUAUGAAUUGAAGCACUCACAAGAACUAGAGAGUGAUUAAUGUAUGUUGAUAUUUUUACGACCCGUGAAGAUCUGGGUAGAGAAUAGGUCUUCAGCAACCCAUACUUGUCGUAAGAGGCAUCUAACGGGAUCAGGUGGUCAGGCUAGCUGACUUGCUUGAUGCAUGUCAUCGUAUCCCAA